UAACAAAAACAUCAACCAAAACAAACCUCGAAGCCUUCAGUAUUUAGCUCCAACAAAAAACGAAAGAUGACAAACUCCAACGAGCAAGUUUCCGUGUACCAUGAACGCCAACAGAGAGAAUUGUGUGCCAUGCAUGCCCUCAACAACACGUUCCAAGAAAAAGUUUUUACAAAGGAAUUUCUGGACGAAAUCUGUUUACAGCUCACGCCCGACACAAAUUGGCUGAAUCCGCAUCGCUCGAUGUUCGGUUUGGGCAAUUACGACAUCAACGUUAUCAUGUCGGCAGUGCAACGGAAGAAGAAUUGCGAGGCAAUUUGGUUCGAUAAGCGAAAAGAUCCCGCCUGCAUCGACACGGAACAGAUUAUUGGCUUCAUCCUGAACAUUCCGAACAAAUACGAUUUGGGAUUUGUGGCUGUUCCGCUGCUCGGAAGACGUCAUUGGUUCGCAAUCAAGAAAAUUGGCGCGCAAUUUUGGAAUCUCGACUCGAAAUUAAAAGUCCCGAAGAGUUUGGGCAACGAAAAUGACGUCAUGGAGUUCAUUAGGAAGCAACUUUUGGAAAACGAUAAGGAAUUAUUUAUUGUUGUGACGAAAGAAGUUGCUUCGGCGCAGAGUUGGAUGAAAAGCCCGACGAUCGAAACGUGAAUUACAAUUUUUUUAGGGAAUUUUUUUGAAUAUUUAUUUACAAUUAUAAAGAUUUUAUAC